UGUUGAGCGAAAGAUCAAGUGAUUCAAGUCGCCCGACAAGCUACAGCAGCGUCCAUACAUCCAUCAAGAUGAGCCCGAUGCCGCCUAGCAGCUCAGCGAGUGCCAAUCGCAAGGAAGGCAACAUGGCCCGGUUCGCCGGCGCUGGUUCAGCAGGUGUGCUCGAGCUGGCUCUGUUCCACCCAGUAGACACAAUCUCCAAGCGGCUCAUGUCCAACAAGGGCAAGGUCAACACCGUGGCCACCUUCAAUCAGGCCAUCUUCAAAUCCGAGGCGCAAGCGGCGAUUGGCAAAAAGUUUGUCUCUCUCUUCCCUGGUCUUGGGUAUGCUGCUGGUUACAAGAUUCUGCAGCGCAUCUACAAGUACUCAGGUCAGCCGAUCGUCAAGGACUACCUCUCACUGCACCAUGGUGAGGUGUUUGACAAGGCGUUUGGCAAAGGAACAGGCAAGGCUAUGAUGUAUGCUACUGCAGGAUCACUGGUAGGCAUUGGUGAGAUUGUCCUCUUGCCGCUAGAUGUCCUCAAGAUCAAGCGUCAGACAAACCCCGAAGCCUUCCGUGGCCGUGGUCUUUUCAAAAUUAUUGCAGAUGAAAAGUUCAACCUCUACCGUGGUUGGGGAUGGACAGCUGCACGGAAUGCACCAGGCUCUUUUGCCCUCUUUGGAGGAUCUGCUUUUACAAAGGAGUACAUGUUUGGCCUGACUGACUACAAUCAAGCAACCUGGUUUCAAAAUUUCAUCAGUAGUAUUUCUGGUGCUGCUGCGUCGCUUGCCGUCUCUGCACCACUCGAUGUCAUCAAGACGCGUAUCCAAAAUCGCGACUUUAACAACCCAAAGGGUGGUAUGACCAUUAUUCGCGAUCUGCUGCGAGAGGAGGGAGCAACUGCCUUCUUCAAGGGACUCACACCAAAGCUUUUGACGGCUGGUCCUAAGCUCGUUUUCUCCUUCACAAUUGCACAGUCCCUCAUUCCAAUCUUUGACAAGAUGAUUUCAGGCGAUGACCACAAGGUUGCUGCAUAGAUAGAUAUAGAGAUGCCGUUCAUGCAAGAAUAGCUUAAAGCACCCUCCCCCUAAAGUCCCAUCUCAAAAUAUUGCACAGCG